GACAUCCACUGUUUGCCACUGGUGUUUAAGAGAGGAUGUUUCCAAGUGAGGACUUUGACAUUAGGAUCUUGCUGUCUUUUAGGAUCUUGUCCUUUAUAGCUUUUAUGCCAUGGAAGCAGAGUGGACUUACUUUUCUGGAACUGGAGCUAAACGAGCCUGUCUGAUUCAGGAUUUGGAAGAAAGGGAAGGGCUGAAGCACCUCUCUACUUGCCUUUCUUAGCUCCUCAGCCCUGCUGCACUGGUGAGAUGCAACAGCAGUUCUUAUGUUGGAGGGGCUGCUCCCUUCAGCACUCUCUGGAUAAAAUAUGCCUCAGGGUGUAUGGACUGGCUGCAAAGGGGAUAGCAUAUUUCACCCACUGGUUCAGCAGUGGGCACAUUUGUCAGCAAAGUCCAGGGGAGUUCCGCAGUAUUUUUACUGCAUAAGUAGCAGCCCGGAUUCAGCCUGCAGUUAGCUGGGAACCUGGGCAGCAGCACAGGCACUUCCCCUUUCAUGUGACUCCAAGCACGUGUCACACACUGAUAGGGGUUAGAGUUGCCUUCAUCCUAGCCUUCACUCCCUCCCUCUCCUGCCCCAGUGAAUUCACCGGUAUUGUUCAUGGCACUCCACAUCAGUUAGUGGAUGGAGACCAUGCUUAGUCAUCGUGUGGAAGAAAAAUAAAUCUGUUGAAUUUACAGUUGCAGUAGUUACCCUACUGCAGUCUGUGGCAGCUCCAGUGUUGGAGGCUUUAAGAGCUCUUAGAGGAGCAUUUGUCAGAGAUCAUCACCUCUGAGCAGGAUGGCUGGCACUUUCUGUCGUCUCCUUGCUGGCCGUACGACUGCUGCGCUCUUCGCAGCGGCUGGCACGGGGGUGCUCACCACCGGGUACCUCCUCAACCAGCAAAAUUUGAAGGCUGCUGUUCAAGAGAAGCGGAAGCUUUUCCCUCCCAGCGCCGACUAUCCGGAUCUUCGCAAACACAACAACUGCAUGGCUGAGUGCCUCACUCCAGCCAUUUAUGCUAAGCUAAGGGACAAGAUGACUCCCAAUGGCUACACCCUGGACCAGUGCAUCCAAACCGGGGUGGACAAUCCUGGCCAUCCUUUCAUUAAAACUGUGGGCAUGGUGGCAGGUGAUGAAGAAUCCUACGAGGUGUUUGCUGAGAUUUUUGAUCCUGUCAUUAAAGCGAGACAUAAUGGCUAUGAUCCACGCACAAUGAAGCAUCACACUGACCUGGAUGCAUCCAAGAUCACCCAUGGUCAGUUUGAUGAGCGCUAUGUCCUCUCAUCACGUGUGCGCACUGGACGUAGCAUCCGUGGCCUCAGCCUUCCUCCUGCCUGCACCAGGGCAGAGAGGAGAGAGGUGGAAAAUGUUGUGGUCACCGCCCUCGCUGGGCUGAAAGGAGACCUUUCUGGAAAGUACUACAGCUUGACCAACAUGUCGGAGAGGGAUCAGCAGCAGCUUAUUGAUGAUCAUUUUCUCUUUGACAAGCCAGUGUCUCCUUUGCUAACAUGUGCUGGGAUGGCUCGUGACUGGCCAGAUGCCAGAGGAAUCUGGCAUAACAAUGACAAGACAUUUCUCAUCUGGAUUAAUGAAGAGGACCACACCAGGGUGAUCUCCAUGGAGAAGGGUGGCAACAUGAAACGGGUGUUUGAAAGAUUUUGCCGUGGCUUAAAAGAGGUUGAAAGAUUAAUUAAAGAGAGGGGCUGGGAGUUCAUGUGGAAUGAACGCCUCGGGUAUGUUCUGACUUGUCCUUCCAACCUGGGAACUGGUUUACGCGCUGGAGUCCAUGUUAAGCUGCCCAAGCUUAGCAAGGAUCCUAGGUUUCCAAAAAUCCUGGAGAACCUGAGGCUGCAAAAGCGUGGCACUGGUGGAGUGGACACGGCAGCUGUAGCAGAUGUGUACGAUAUCUCCAACCUGGACCGCAUGGGUCGCUCAGAGGUGGAACUAGUCCAGAUUGUCAUUGAUGGGGUCAAUUAUCUUGUUGACUGUGAGAAGAAACUGGAAAGAGGCCAGGACAUCAAAGUGCCACCACCAUUGCCACAGUUUGGCAGGAAGUGAUCUGGCUGAUGAUGACUGGUAAUUGACGGUAGAUUUGGCUGUCCUUCUGACAGUCACACACUUCAGUAUACCUCUGUAUACAUGUUCUGUGUAAUAAACACUACCUGAUACCUAAUGUUUCUUUA